AUGACCCACCCCGAUAUGUAUGAACUCUCCCCUCUCGAAGCUCUUCAGGGGCAUGUUGUUAUUCUUGCAGUGAAAACUGACAUUGCGGGUUUUCCCUCCAGCUCCGUCGACGUCCUCGUCAUUGGUGCCGGACCUACUGGUCUUGGUGCUGCUAAGCGUCUCAACCAGAUCGAUGGCCCCUCAUGGAUGAUUGUUGACAGCAACGAGACUCCUGGUGGCCUUGCUUCUACCGAUGUUACCCCCGAGGGAUUCCUCUACGAUGUCGGUGGUCACGUCAUCUUCUCCCACUACAAGUAUUUCGACGACUGCCUCGAUGAGGCCCUUCCGAAGGAGGAUGAUUGGUACACCCACCAGCGUAUCUCCUACGUACGCUGCCAAGGCCAAUGGGUCCCAUAUCCUUUCCAGAACAACAUUUCCAUGCUUCCCAAGGAGGAGCAGGUCAAGUGCAUCGAUGGCAUGAUCGAUGCCGCUCUUGAGGCUCGUGUCGCCAACACCAAGCCCAAGACCUUUGACGAGUGGAUUGUUCGCAUGAUGGGCACCGGUAUCGCCGACCUUUUCAUGAGGCCCUACAACUUCAAGGUCUGGGCUGUGCCCACUACCAAGGCUGAUGUAAAUCAGAUGCAAUGCGCCUGGCUCGGUGAGCGUGUUGCUGCUCCCAAUCUCAAGGCCGUGACGACCAACGUUAUCCUCGGCAAGACCGCUGGUAACUGGGGUCCGAACGCUACAUUCCGCUUCCCCGCCCGUGGCGGUACUGGUGGUAUCUGGAUUGCCGUGGCCAACACUCUCCCUAAGGAGAGAACCCGCUUCGGUGAGAAGGGUAAGGUUACCAAGGUCAAUGCCAACAACAAGACGGUGACGCUGCAGGACGGCACCACCAUCGGCUACAAGAAGCUUGUCUCCACCAUGGCUGUUGAUUUCUUGGCCGAGGCCAUGAACGACCAGGAGCUCGUUGGUCUCACCAAGCAGCUGUUCUACUCUUCCACCCACGUCAUCGGUGUUGGUGUUCGUGGCUCCCGCCCCGAGAGAAUCGGUGACAAGUGCUGGCUCUACUUCCCCGAGGACAACUGCCCUUUCUACCGUGCCACCAUCUUCUCCAACUACUCCCCUUACAACCAGCCUGAGGCCUCGAAGAAGCUUCCCACCAUGCAGCUUGCCGAUGGCUCCAGGCCUCAGAGCACUGAGGCCAAGGAGGGCCCUUAUUGGUCUAUCAUGUUGGAGGUCUCCGAAUCCUCUAUGAAGCCUGUUAACCAGGAGACUAUCCUGGCCGACUGCAUCCAGGGUCUGGUCAAUACCGAGAUGUUGAAGCCCACCGAUGAGAUUGUCUCCACCUACCACCGCCGCUUCGACCAUGGCUACCCCACCCCCACACUGGAGCGUGAGGGUGCUCUCACUCAGAUCCUGCCCAAGUUGCAAGACAAGGACAUUUGGUCUCGUGGCCGCUUCGGUAGCUGGCGCUACGAGGUUGGCAACCAGGACCACUCCUUCAUGCUGGGUGUCGAAGCCGUUGACAACAUUGUCAACGGUGCUGUUGAGCUCACUCUCAACUACCCCGACUUCGUCAACGGUCGUCAGAACACUGAAAGACGUCUGGUGGACGGUGCUCAGGUAUUCGCCAAGAGCAAGGCCCAGUAA